AUGAUCAACCGCACACUCCCAUACUUCCUUGAGGACCGCACUGGUGCCUACACUGGCUCAGACUUCGACGAUAUCUACGACCGCCUCUUCCUGCGCGUAGCCCGGCCGACAAACCAGUCGCCCGGCGCGGGAGACACGCUCAUGGUGUACAAUGUGGGACGGCGUUCGUCCGCACAGCGCGAGUCCCGCCCGCCGGCUCGUGCGCCGUCCGUCGUGCUCGAGUUCGGCGCGGGCGGCACGCUGGGCAAAAUCUCGUUCGCGGGAUCGUCCGUGUCGAUGCCCAUGGGCCAGUAUCUGCGGAAGACGUCCAUGUUCGGAGGAUCCCUUUCACGGAAGUUCAGAGGAUUGGACGGGGAGGAGUAUCGAUGGACGUACAAGGGCCAAGAGGGCCAGGAGUGGUCGUGCACGGACAGCCGCGACUAUCUAGUCGCUCACUACAACCUGAAGCCGCCAAACAAGCCCGUAUUUGGGACAUCGGGAAAUAUUCUGACCAUCUACGAGGCGCACGCGCGUAUGUCAGCUGAAAUCCUGGCAUCGUUGACCAUCAUGCGCCACAUCGCUGCGCUGGGUCUAUAG